CAAAUUUGGCCAGAACGAAAGGGUGUCUGAGUACUAAUUUUGACAUGACAGCUCUUUAAUGCAUUGUGGUGUCAAUCGAAACGAUUACUUUGCUCUUUCCAUAACAUGUCUGGAUAUCCUCACUCACAGAAGGGCUUUAACAAAGAUUCUAAUAGAAAUCCAACAGAAUUGGAACAAUCGUCUGUUUUCACACCUGAACUUGGUCAUGUCACUGAACCCAACUCAUUCCAUUUCGAGAAUUUGACAUCGUCAGUAAACGACUCCAGUCGAAAACCUAAUAAAUUUGUACCUCCUCGAAUCGAAGAAAUUCGAACAGCAUCUUCUUCGUUACCUAGAUCAGCAAUGAACUCUCCCCGUUUAUCACCUACACGACCUGGUACACCAAUAAAUCCUGAAGAGGAUGGACGUGUAUCUCCAACUUCACUGGCACAAGUCAUGGAGUCACAGGAUCCUCACCAUCUUUUAGAUAUUGUAAAAAAUCUCGUGCGUACACGUCAUGGCAGUGUCCUAUCUCGUAAUACGAUUUUGAAAAUGGAUCAUUUUGAGAAAGGUGUAAAUACCAAGCUAGAUUUUCAUCUUCAAGGUGCACCAAACUUUCGUGUCGCAGCUUUGAAUGUAUACGGUGUCGCACAACCAACUGCUAAUGGACUGUCUACCGUUCUGACAUUGCUUAAUUGUCACCCUUGCAGUACUUUGAAGAAUUCUUGUACUUGGUUCUUAACCAGAGAAGAACCGUUAAUCUAUUUAAAUGGAAAUCCGUAUGUUCUACGUGAUUAUGCAAAUCCGUUACACAACAUGGUGUCAUUUUUGGGCAUAAAUGGCAACAGAUUGGAGAAGCUUGAAGAACGGUUAAAAGCCGACGUAUUAAGCGAAGCAAAAUCUUUGAAUGGGCUUAUUUUGGUCCACCAAGAACUCACCGAUGGUACUAUCGUACCUUGCUUUAUUGCAGCUGAUCAGAUACAAACCCCAAGGGAAUUGUUCGAGGAAUUUUCUAACAAGAAUUAUAGGUUGAAAUACUUUCGAAUUCCAAUUUCUCCUGAGCAAGCUCCUGAAGAUAACUACUUUGAUGAAUAUGUGAGAGUCAUAAAGACCUUAAAGCCAACAGAUCCGCUUAUCUUUAACUGUGGCAUGGGUGUUAUUAGAACUACGGUUGGUAUUGUGAUCGCACAAGUUAUCAGACGCGCCCAACUACUUGAGAUGAAUGCUCCAGAUCCUUUCCCAUUGCCAGGGUGGGUAUAUUCAGAAUUGCCGCAGAAUAAUCAAAACACUCGGUUGGUCGAGAAUAUAGCAAACGGCUUAUUGAAGGAUUGGGAAGAAGUAGACUCUAUGGAACAGAAAAAUCAUGCAUUAUUAAGACUAGUUUAUAUAUUAGAGCAAGGGCUCGAUUCGAAGAUGUCCUCUAAAUCUGCUGUCGAAUGGGCUCUAGAACGUGGUAAUUUGAUUGAAAGGCUAAAGGAGGCCAUAAUGGGCAAUUACAACGUUAUUACUUCCUUAACAGCGGUUCUUGACAGCGGUAAUUUCAGCAAAAGAUUGAUGGAUAAUAUUAUAGACCAAUCGGAUGCUGUCGUCAACUUACGCGAGGAUAUCCUUAUGAACAGAAUUAAGCAGACGACACAGCAUCAAAAGUCAUCAGAUUAUGCUUCUACAGAUAAUUUCAUAUCUAAAGCCGUUGCUGGUCUUCAUCGUUACUUCUCUUUAUUAUGCUUCACAGCCUAUAUUAAUGAAUCAUCUGAUACGGACUUUGGAGUCAAAUUUUCUGAGUGGCUACGAUCGAGAUCAGAAAUAUGGACUAUGCUGCAGACAAUUCGUCGAAAAGGCUCCAAGCUGUAUCUAUUACGGCCUGUAGAGGAUUUGCACCGAUUGAGGAUCUCAAACAAUAGUCAUAAUAUUUUAGUCAAUGGUCGCUUUGGUCGAAACAGAUUAGGCUCAAGCCCUGGUAUGUUUGAAAUGACAGGCGCAGGUGGUCAGCUCGGCUCUGUAGCUUCCGAAGUGGAAGAAUUCAUCUUAAAAUCACGGACAGGUGUUGUACUUACUUCUCAAACCAUCCUAAAAGUUGAUUUCUGGAACCAUGCCAACGAUCAGUUCGAUGCUGAAGAACAUAAUCAACUGCAAAAGUUACCAACACCGGGAGGCGUCAGCACCGAAGAAGAUGAUUGCAAUGAAGCUGUCAAUAAACGGCGCCAGCGUCACCACAUUUUCUUGGUAGAAGGCGGCUCUAAUUUCCGACGCAUCAAGCAUACUCACAUUUAUGGUAUUGCUCAGCCUACCGUAGAUGGAUUACGAAGUGUACUGCGUCGCUUACUUCAUGAUCAGCCCAAGAACGACAAAAUUCUUUGGAUCAAUUUGCGCGAAGAGCCUAUCAUUUACAUCAAUGGCAUUCCUUAUGUGCUUCGCGAUAGAUACUUCACUCUACGUAAUAUAAGAGUAUAUAAAGGCAUCACUGGGGCUCGGCUAGAGCAACUAGAAGAACGUUUGAAACAAGAUGUGAUCCGCGAAAUUACGUACCAUGAGGGCCGUAUUUUGUUACAUGGUGAGGACGAAGAGGGUAACGUCCUUGCUGCUUGGGAAGAAGUGAAUGUGAACGAUGUCAUGACUGUACGCGAGGUUAUGAUGAUGGCUGCGGCGGGAAUUACCGAAGAGUUGCAAAGUGAAAGCAGCAAUGAGGAUAACAAGAGAGAUGACCUUUCUGAUAGAGGAAAAUAUCUCACUGACAUACUAGACUAUCGACGUGUCCCUAUUACAGCAGAAAAGGCACCUGACUGGUGUGAUUUCGAUGAAAUACGUAACCUAAUAACCACCACUGAUUUAUCCAAAACAGCAUUGGUUGUCAACUGUCAAAUUGGAUUAGGACGAUCAACAUUAGGGACAAUUAUUGCGACCCUCGUUACUAAAUGGAUUAAGCAGGAUAGGACAACUCAGCAUAAUGAGCACCGUGGCAAAUGUCAAUAUUUGAACUACCAAAUUAUAAACAGUCUUCUACGUGUUAUUAAAAAUGGGUUAGAAGUGAAAAGCGCAGUAGAUAAUGCUAUUGACAAAUGUGGUGCUUUUCUCAAUUUACGUGAGAUUAUUGAAUCAGAACACGUCAAAGCUGAAGAGGAAGAAACUGAUGAAAACAAAAGACAAAUACAUAUCAAGCGUGCUAUCUCAGCUUUGCAGCGGUAUUUUGUCCUCAUUUGUUUUGAAGGAUACCUUCAAUCCACUUCUCCAGAGUCACUCGAUUCCACAGAAACCUUCCAAUCGUGGAUGAAUAGACAUUCUGAAAUAGGAACAUUGCUGUUAGAAUUUAAUAACCGCGACGAACGACUGAUAGUACCUGUAGAGAAAUCUAUUUCUGAAGGUGUUGCAUUAUCAAGUGAAAUUAUGGAUGUCGUUGCGUCACGCCAUGGUCAAGUGUUAAGCCAGCAAACUAUAUUGAAGCAGGAUGCCUUUCCGGGUUGCCAAAGGAUAAAUCUUAAAGAAAAGAUCGAAGGGGCUUACAACUUCAGACGGAUACCUGUGAAAGAGGUGAAGAGAUCGGUCAAAUUUCCACUUAAAGCUGCGGAUGAAGGCGGCUUGGCUGCAGAUUUAGAGCGGCCUGAUGACGCCGACUUGUCUCCUCCAUUUAUUUGUGGUUGCGGCAUGCCGUCCAAGAAUGCAAUUAAAUCAGUUUUAAAAUCCAUGCAAGCUGGUCCUGGUGGUAAAAGGCGCGUUCUAUGGACUUGCUUGCGUGAAGAACCUGUGCUAUAUGUUAACGGACUACCAUAUGUCCUUCGGUUGUUCCAAGAACCCUAUAAAAAUUUAGAGUCUACGGGUAUCACCACAGAUCGUGUAGAAUCUGUGGAAGAUCGUAUGAAGUUGGAUGCUAUAAAUGAAUGUAGAAAAUACAAUGAAAAGCUUUUGUUGCAUGAUGAAAAACCAAACGAAAAAGGCGAGUAUGAAUUAAUGGGCCUGUGGGAAACUAUUAGUAUAGAUGAGAUUGAAACCCCAAAAGAAGUAUUUCAAUCAAUUAAGAACGAAGGCUAUCAGGUUGACUAUUUGAGAAUACCAAUCACGGAUGAACAGGCACCCAUUCCAGAUGUAUUUGAUGAGCUUAUCUGUAGGACAAGAAUUGCUAAUAAAGGCGUCGAUGUGAUAUAUAACUGUCAAAUGGGCCGUGGGCGUACAACAACUGGCAUGGUUACUGCAUGUUUGAUGGCGAUGAUCAUGAACAAUGAACAUCUCAUAAUUGACAACGACGGUAUUAUUUCAGUUCAGUCACCUGUAGCAAGUCGAACAUCACUCUUUGAUGGUGUUUUUAAUAGCGAGACCGAAGAUUUUGUAGAAAGGAGCUAUCAUGAUGGUGAAUUCAAGAUUAUUCUACAGUUAGUCAGUAUACUGACAUAUGGAAAGCUCGCUAAGCGACUCGCUGAUAAAGCCAUCAAUAUUUGUGAUCAUAUGCAAAACCUUCGUCGAGCCAUUUAUGACUAUAAGCUGCACUUGAACACAAUUGAAGAUCAUAACUCUAAGCAAUACAAAAGCAUUCGAGAAGUCGCGUUGAACUAUUUGAUUCGGUAUUUUUACUUGAUUGUUUUUGCCAAUUAUCUGUUGGAAGAGCUUUCCGCAACGAAGCAUAUGAACGAUAAUGAUCAGAACAAACAAAACAUUGAGGAACAAGAAGCCAUCUGCAACGAUCGUGUUUCGAAUGUCUGCAGUUUUAAGAAUUGGCUCGAAGAUAGACGGGAAAUCACAAAUAUUCUGACCUUAAAGCAUGUAGAUUUAGACUAGUCUUCUGCUGAAUAUAGAACUGUACA